AAAUAUUAUCUAUCGUUUUCAUUCUCAUUCUACUACAUUGUGUAAGUCAACAGGCUUUUAUUCUGAAAGUUUUGACGAGAAGUGCUCUUAUCUUGUCGUGAUUUUGACAACUGCUGUCCAGACGGCCGGAGAGGAGAAAGGAGGGGGGAGGUUGAGAGGAGGGGGUGAGAGAGCGAGAGAGAGAGAGAGAGAGAGAGGAGGAGGAGGGAGGCAGCAGGGACACGGUAACCUGCAGGAGGACUCACAUGGUCCUGCAGCAGUAGAGCGUAGACCACCGGGACUCCCCAGACCUCUCACUUACAGCUCGGCUUCAUUCUCUUUAAAAAAUUACUCUCCCCCUUUUAUUUUCUUUUUUUUCAUCCCUCCUCCCGCAGCCCAGUGUCGGUCGGACUUGGGCCGGUAAAGCAGCGCCAUGGCUCGGGAGAACGGAGACACCGGUAGAGGAGAGACGUGGAAAAAACAAGUCGACGACAUCAAGAAGAUUUUUGAUUUUAAAGAAGUCCUCGGCACAGGGGCAUUUUCAGAGGUGGUCCUGGCCCAGGAGAAGCUGACUGGCCGGAUGUUUGCGGUGAAGUGCAUCCCUAAAAAGGCCCUGAAGGGGAAGGAGAGCAGCAUCGAGAAUGAGAUCGCUGUGCUGAGGAAGAUCAAGCACGAGAACAUAGUGGCACUGGAGGACAUCUAUGAGAGUCCUGACCACCUCUACCUGAUUAUGCAACUGGUGUCCGGCGGCGAGCUGUUCGACCGAAUCGUGGAAAAAGGUUUCUACACUGAGAAGGAUGCGAGCACGCUGAUCCGACAGGUCCUGGAUGCUGUUAACUACCUGCACAAGAUGGGCAUCGUGCACCGAGACCUGAAGCCAGAGAACUUGUUGUACUUUAAUCCUCAAGACGAGUCAAAGAUCAUGAUCAGUGACUUUGGUCUUUCCAAGAUGGAGGGCAGUGGUGAUGUCAUGUCCACUGCCUGUGGUACUCCAGGAUAUGUGGCUCCAGAGGUUCUUGCUCAGAAGCCGUACAGUAAGGCAGUGGACUGCUGGUCCAUCGGAGUGAUCGCCUACAUCCUGCUGUGUGGUUAUCCUCCGUUCUACGAUGAAAACGACUCCAAGCUCUUCGAACAGAUCCUGAAAGCCGACUACGAGUUCGACGCACCAUACUGGGACGACAUAUCGGACUCAGCCAAGGAUUUCAUCAGCAGUCUGAUGGAAAAAGAUCCAGCCAAGCGUUUCACCUGUGAACAGGCACUCAGACACCCAUGGAUCGCUGGGGAUACGGCUCUCUGUAAGAACAUCCAUGAGUCAGUCAGUCGACAGAUCAGAAAGAACUUCGCCAAGAGCAAAUGGAGGCAAGCGUUCAAUGCCACUGCCGUGGUUCGGCACAUGAGACGGCUGCAGCUUGGCAGCAGCAUGGGGAGCAGCAUGGACGCCUCCAACCCACCGACCAGGCCAAGCCAGACACAGAAGGCAGCCCAAAACCAGAGCCAAGCGGGCCAGAACCAGUCAGCUCAGAGCCAAAACACCGGCCAGGCGGCGCAGAGCCAGAGCACCAACAUAGCCGCCAGCAAAACCUCUUCAACUGACAACAACAUAGCAGCUCCACGCAAGGAAUGUGUAACCACGCCAGUCACGCCCUGCAGUCUGGCGUCCGCAGCCUCUUCUCCCGCUGCAGGAGCAGAGCUGAACCGGCCACAUCCCUCAGCGGUGCCCGCCCCAGUGCUCACUGAGACCAAGUGACGCCAGGUCCCGCGGGGAACCAGCUGGGAGGCCACAGCGCUGUGAGACAGAGAGCAACAGAGGACAACAGGAGAGGAAGAGGAUCACCCUCUUCUUUGCCCCUCCCUCGUCUCACUGUACUUCAUCAUGGAAGCCCCCCCAGCUGGUUCCCCGCCCUGCUCCCGGGAGAGCAGAGGACUUUACCUCCACACCUCCGAUUCAAGCCACUCAGCGCCAUACUGUACACCCACCACCCACCCACCAGAACAGCAACAGCACGGCCACUGAUUCUCAUUGAGGAUGUUUGUACGGCCAGCUGUGAUUGGUUGGUAUUUAAUGAUAAAUGGGUGUCAACUGCUCUGCACUUGAGUAGUAAUUAAAGGUUCAGGAGAGGCCGGUGGUAUCAUAUUAUUCAAUGUCAGUCAACAUCAACUUCCCUCUUGAAUCUGGUCUUUCCUGCGCCACUUUAUUUAGCUUUUUUUCCAAUUUAGGUUUGACUGUGGGCAACUGGAUUAUUUUUUAUUAUUGUUGUUCAUUUAAAGGUGCUAUGUGUAACUUUAAACAAACAUCAUUGUCAAAUUGUGCUACUUUGGUAUUAUGACUUUAAAUAAAUAAGACCAUUGCCAAGAUGACUGAUCACUAUUGCCUAUACAAGUGUUUUUCUAAAUUAAGAACCCAUUUCCCCCAACCCCCCUGUUUCAUCUUGUUUCCACCAUCACAUUCUCUGAAAUUAGCGCCCUUCUCCAUGAAGCAAUCAAGAACAUUUCCCUCCAAAUCUGACCUGAGUGAAAUGCAGAAUAGAGGCUGGCAGUCGUCUGAGUAAUGACCUCAUUUGUUUACAGAAAUUUGUUGUGAAAUCUGUUGCAAACUAAUGUGACAAUGAUUUAUCCAUGUAAAAAUGCUACACAUAGCACCUUUAAGACCUUUUCUGUGUCCUUAUGGGCUUGUUUGUCUGUUUGUUUGUGCUUUAAGAAGUGCUUUAAAAGUACCAUACGACUGUUGAGAUGUGAAAACAUGAGUAAGCGCUUUAUCUAUUUUGCACAGAGAGGGUCAGAUAUGUUCUCAGACACAGAUUAGCCGCCAUCCACUUAUGUUUUUCAGACAGAGAUUAGAGAUUGUAAACCUUUAUUUAAAAAAAAAACAAAAAACAGAGUGGAUGUUAGAGCAUUGUACAACUUGUUUAUUGUCUGAAGAUUUUGAUUUGUUUAUUAUUUUCUUACUUUAUAAGAGUUUUAUAACAAUCACCCUUUAAGGGGCAUACAUACAGGUUGCUAUGAAGCAUGCAGCAAGUUUAGCAUAGGAUAGGAAAAGACAGAGAUAUGUAUUUACUGAGAAAACUGCCUCCAGUUGAGAAUGUUUGUGACUAAAGAUAGCUUGCCAUUUGACUUCCCGAACUAAGGAGCCACAGGCAGCGCAAUUCAGUUUCAAAGUUGCGAAAAGAUACAAGACAUGUUAGAGACCAUCUCAGAGAUAUUAAACUGCCUCCCACGAGGGUCGCCAUGUGAAGUUGGAGAAGCUGUUGCCUGCUGUUGUUCCUUCCCCCUCUAACAAAGCCAUGAUCUCACCCUCUCACUUCAUCAAGCUGCACCCAGUUCAGAAGUGCUCAGGGAAAACUGCAGCUGCACUGUGUGCUGGCAAACACUGGGUUUCCUGGUUUAGGUGUUUCUGUCAUGGUCCAGGCGUUGUGGCAUCAUGGUUAAUGAUCCAGGGCUCAGGACGUUAGCUGUGUCCUUACUGCAGAGUUGUAGUGACUCUUGAACAUUGAGGACUCAGACCUGAUUUCAGACUAAACCACCGAGGAUUAAGUUUUGAACUUAAUCAUCUUAGACACUGCGUUUUUUCCUCAGUGCUCAAAAGUUUUACCUGAUCACCUGGUUGUUUAACACCACAGGCCAAAUCUUCUGUGUAACAACAGAAAACAUCAGUGGACUUGCAGUUUGGGUGGGACAACAAUUUUUUGUGUAAUUUGAUGGUUUUUUAGAUUUUUCUUAAAAACAUAUUGAACAACUAAAGUCCACAACUUAAUGUCUCAUUUGAAUUCUUCAAUAGACCUGAACGUGACUUUCUCUUGACUCAGAUAUGACUCAGAUAUGGCCUUUCAGACAUAACUUAAAAGGCAGAUGUUGGGUGCUCACUCACACAUAUCAGAUUGUCAUGUCUUUAUUAAAUGCAAUUCUACUGAUCCCUUUAUUGUGAGUUGUAGCCAAAGACAAGAGCUAGGUAUGAAGAGAAUUUGGUUCAUUCUACAGUACUUGAUGAAUUAGCUAGAACAGAACUAGUCAGAUCUGAAGUUGUUUAAGACUAAAACUAAGGGCUGAGCUCCAGCUACAAAUGAACCUGGAGAGAACAUUAUUGACUUUUGACCUUCCCUUCCUAACCUGUUGCCAUUUAUCUUUUUUACUAAAUCCACAGUGCUGCUGUAAGGUAUCUGCAAAUUAUUCACAGUGCUUGUUAAAAUCUGUACGGCACACUAGGAGAGUGUGAGACCACAGGUGAGUUAAAGUCAAAUUCAGUCAAAAGGCUCACUGCAUCGUUCUGUGUGUUGAGCCCAACCUAUUUGGCACUGAAGUUGACUAAAACAAUCAAUCAAAAUCUGUCUCCCUCCCCACUCUGCUCUGCAAGGACAAGUCCAGUGUAUUUGUAUUUUCUGCUCAGUUUUACAUCAUUGUUUUCCAUUUUCUUCUUACUGAUGACAAAUCCUAUGGAGAUACCAAAAUCCACAAUGUUUGACCGUCCUACCCUCUCUGUGGUUUUCAACCACAAGAUUUGUUCCUACUGAAGACAUACAUGUUUAAAAAUAGUCACAAUUAAAGGCCAGAUAAUUUCUUUAAACAGCAGGGCGCUGUAGUUAUUAGCAAAUAAUACUCUGUUAGGAGUAAAUAGUGCAUUGAUUUGGGACUAUUUUCAGUGGAAUCACUCCAGUACCCUUAAGGCUUAGAAAACUUUUCAAAAAAAAAAAAUCCAUCAUGCUGGACUUGUCCUUUUACAGAGCAACUUAUUGUAUUCAGCUCAUUGAUGUGUUUGGACCCCUAGAUCUGCUGCAUUGUUAUUCAGCACUUCAGCGUAAAUAAUGAAAGUUGCAUUGUCCCAGCAAUGACUCCAGUCACAGAGUUAUAGCUUAAACUUGAAAGAGCAAGGUGUGUAAGCAAAGUUAACCUGAUUUAUUUUGUUUUUUUUAAAUGUGCUGUUUCAAAGCAGUCAGAGAAAGUUAACUUUUUAGUGUUUCUUACUGAAUUAUAGCACCCAUGUAUCUCCUACAUGACUGCACAGUCCAGCUUUCAGAAACCUAUAAUUAUUCUGACUUUUUUACAGCGGGGUCUUGUGUUACAUUUUUCUCAACUAUCCACACUCUAAAGUCAGUCCAUGUAAUUAUCCAAAUGUCACUGAGGGAAACUUUCAACCAUGUAAGGGCUUUUUUCCAAUGAUCACCUUAAUCUGAUUAUUCACUGUAACCAUGUAUACGUACCCAUUUACUGCUAUGCAUUUUUUAACAUUUUGAAGUGUUUUUCAGCACUUUUUUUCUUGGAAGUGGAAUCAGGAAACACAAAGGAAACAUCAGCAGCUACAGUUCAAAAAAUGAAGAUAACUGUUUUAGAAUAAACAAGUGCAAGACACCGAAUCCCUGCCAGAUCCUUGACAAUUUCAAUCACCUAACUAUUAAUCAUCAUUAUUAUUACUGAAUGAGUUACAUUGUAAAAAGAUGUUAAUGACUUGUCAGCCUGGACUGUAAGGAUACAUUCAUUGAACACGAUGCAGUCCACUUCAGUCUGGAUGUUUUGGGUUUACGAAUGUGCUGUGAGGCAGGCAGAGGGUUCUGGUUCAUGCUCCUCUGUGGUUUAAUGUCUGCUGUAUUUGUUUGCUAAAGAGAGAGAGAGGAAAAAAAAAACUGUUUUCUGAAUGAAUAUUUCCAUGUUAAAGAUGCUACUGUAAAUAGUUUGUGAAUAUGAAUGAUCAUUUUCAAGAUAAUAUAUACGAAUGUUUUGCUGUUCAGGCAUGUGUGAGUGAAUGAGUGAGGGAGUGUGUGUCGAGGGAAGUUGAUUGUAUUCUCUAUGGAAUGUUUAAUGUAGGAAAAAAAAAAACUGAAUUCCCCUUUACUCCCCACUGCAGUUUGCUUUUAUACACUGUCCAGUACUGUGACUGCCAUCUGCAGAGCUGCACAGCACAGUUUAAUGCCAUCAGUGUUCCACCACCACUUCAGUGUGACUCCUACUGAAAGUGAAAGCAUCGUUUACUGAACUCAGGCUUACGUUUUUGCCAUUCUAAAGGAAGAAAUCCAAAGCUGUGACCGACUCAGAAACACACUGUUAUGGGUGCGAGGGCGACGACGAGCCGCUCUCGUCCACUCAUUACCCUAAUAUGAGCUCACACUCCUCGGACCUUUUUUUAAACGAAGACGCUGCUGAAGUGCAUCGUCGCAAAAGAUGAAAACACAAGCAUGUCAAAAAAAGUGCUUCAAGAAUUCAACUUCACCAUGAGUGUUUGCGUAAUCUUAUAUGCCCUUGUAUGAUGUUAGUAUCUCUGUAUUAUGUAAAGACGUACACAGGCUGAGAUGCCCAAGUCCACGAGAAUCUGAAGUUGCUCACUGGCAGAUAAGAUUUCAGCUCUACCAACAGUUUUGAGAGGCAGAAAGCUAAGCAGCUUGGAAGCAUUUAAAGAUACCAUGUUCCAACUGAAAUUGCCAAAUCGCUAUGUAUUAGAGUGACUUCCUGCUAAUUCCCUUCACACAUAAAUAAUGUGAAAAUAAUUUACUGAUUGGCCACUCAAGACUUUAUUGUACCAAAACCCACAAAUUAUGAGAACGUGAAGUCAUUUAUCGGUGGCUGUGGCUUUGGGAAGUUUAAGACUUUCAUUCCAACUGUACAAAUGGAUUUCCAUUGGCCAGUGUCUUCAACUUACCUGUAAUUGUGGCUACGGCCACAACAGCAGUAUAGCCUAAUAGCUUAGCACUGUUCCUUGGGCCUUGGUAAACAUGACAAAAACUAUAUCAAAAACUUUGGCUUUUUUAUGCAUUAAUGACCUUGAAAGUUAUUAUGUUAGCUUAGCUAGUGAGGCAUAGCCUCAUACUGGUUAGCUGGAAAGUGAGCUAGGCUAAGUAGCUAACCUGUAUAGCUUUGAAGUGAAAUUCUGAAUCAUUUUCUCUUGAAGUUUUUAUCAAGAGACCAAAAAUGACUUAAGGAUGUGUUUACACUAAAAGGUGUAGCAUGUGCAGCACGUUAGCAGAGCGGCUCCAGCGAUGUAUUCGUGUCUACACAGGAGGUGUUCAGGCAGUGCUUUUUGGAAGCACUCAGAGCCCCAUACACAAUCACUGCAGUUACACACGUAAAACACUGGAAAAUCAUCUUGGAGAGUGAGAAUGUGCUUUCAGAUAUAUUUAUGUUGCCUGUGCAGACAGAUGAAUUGUGGCUGAAAUGCUUUCUGUCUGGAUCAGACCUAUUGCCAACUCUGCAUUCAAGGAAUUAUGUAUUUUACAGAGGAUGCUUUGUUAACAAAGAUGUUACCUAAUUUUACACAAGAAUAUAUUUGCUAUGUUGUCAGUUUAAGUUCUUCAUCUGAUGGUCUAUGAUCAUCAAACUUCUUUGAAUUAGACAAGGAAGUAAGAUGCAACACGCACAUAUAUCUAGGAAUCACCAGCUGCUUUAGGACUGAAAAAGUUUUUGUUAGUUUCAGGAAAUGAAGCACAAUGCUGCCAUAUCUCUGGUCUACACUAAACAUGGAACUCAACCAUUAAGAGCAGCUCUGCCUCUGAGAAGUGUUUGUAGGGCUAAAACUCUACAUGCUGUUUCUUGGGACCUGGCGUUUCCCUGUGCGUGUCCUCGUCCAGAGCCCGCUGAGUUAGCUGGCUGUAUUUACUCUCUGCAUGUGACCACAACAAAUUCCCAUCCUGUGCACCGUCGUCACGUUGACGACACCCUCAUGUCUCGGAGCGGGCGCCGCCUGCUGCACUUCUUGUGCUGUGAUGAUGAUGAUGAUGACUUUCUGUUAAUGGGGCUUGUAUAUCCGAUGCCUUCGACAAUCAUGUGCACAUAUCAGAGUUACCAUGACGACACAGGCCAGAGCAACUGAUUGUGUUCGGUUUGUCUUUUCUCCUGGAAUAAAUCCUGAAUGAUCGUAACACGA